AUGGAUGUGAGAGUUGGACUAUAAAGAAAGCUGAGCGCCGAAGAAUUGAUGCUUUUGAACUGUGGUGUUGGAGAAGACUCCUGAGAGUCCCUUGGACUGCAAGGAGGUCCAACCAGUCCAUCCUAAAGAUCAGUCCUGGGUGUUCAUUGGAAGGAAUGAUUUUGAAGCUGAAACUCCAAUACUUUGGCCACCUGAUGUGAAGAGCUGACUCAUUUGGAAAGACCCUGAUGCUGGGAAAGAUUGAGGGCAGGAGGAGAAGGGGACCACAGAGGGAGUGCUUCGUGACAUCUCUGUUGCUUGGUGAGUAAUCAGACAUGAAAACAGGCCCUCGAGAAUCAAGCUACAUUUAAAGAAGACCUUCUUGGGCACCGGAGAGGGCGCCAUGGAGUGCAAGUCCGAGGGGAAAGAGAAAUACCAGCACAGCCUGAACUUGCUGAACAGAAUUAACAGCAUGAAAGAGUUAGGGGAGAUGAUCGACGUUGUGAUCAUCGCGGAAGGGGAGGCGUUCCCCUGCCACAGACUGGUCCUGGCUGCCUUUAGUCCGUAUUUCAAAGCCAUGUUUACCUGCGGGCUGCUCGAGUGCACCCAGAGAGAGGUGGUGCUUCACGACAUCACGGCGGAAAGCGUGGCGGUGAUACUGCGUUACAUGUACCACGCGGCCCUGGAGGUCAGCAACGCCAACGUGCAGACGGUGGCCGUGGCAGCCUACUUCAUGCAGAUGGAGGAUGUCUUCCAGGUGUGUCAGAAGCACAUGAUGGCCCACAUGGAUGCCUCCAACUGUGUCGGCAUCUAUUAUUUUGCAAAGCAGAUUGGAGCUGAAGACUUAGCCGAUCGAUCGAGGAAAUAUUUGUACCAGCACUUUGCCGAGGUGAGCUUCCACGAAGAGAUCCUAGAAGUGGAGGUGCACCAGCUCCUGACGCUGAUUCAGUCGGACGACCUGAACGUGUCCCGAGAGGAGAGCAUUCUGGACCUCGUCCUGAGGUGGGUCAAUCAUCGCCCGGACCACCGCACGCAGCACCUCGUGGAGCUUCUGAAGCAGGUGAGGUUGCAGCUGGUCAGCCCUGCCUUCCUGAGACAAGCCCUGAGGAGGAACACAGCGCUCCUGUGCGACGCGAGCUGCAUCGACCUCAUUCAGAACGCGUUCAAAGCCAUCAAGACGGCCCGGCCGCACGCCCAGAACCUUCGUUACGGCAUGGAGACCACCAGCCUCCUGCUGUGCGUCGGCACCAAUGCUUCCGGAAUCAGGUCGAGACACAGGAACUACGGGGACGCCAGCUUUUGCUAUGACCCUGCAUCGCGGAAGACCUAUUUCAUCUCCUCUCCCAAGUACGGGGAGGGUUUGGGCACCGUGUGUGCUGGCGUCGUCAUGGAAGACAACACUAUCGUCGUGGCUGGGGAAGCCAGCGCCUCUAAACUCUCCAGACAGAGGAGCAAGAACGUUGAAAUCUACAGGUACCACGAUAGAGGAAACCAGUUUUGGGAGAAGUUAUGCACGGCAGAAUUUCGAGAGCUCUACGCUCUGGGCGCCGUCCGUAACGACCUCUAUGUGAUAGGAGGACAGAUGAAAGUUAAAAACCAGUAUCUUAUCACAAACUGUGUUGACAAGUACUCUGUGGAACGGGACACCUGGAAAAGGGUGUCUCCGCUUCCUCUGCAGCUGGCGUGCCAUGCGGUUGCCACAGUGGACAAUAAACUCUACGUGAUUGGAGGCUGGACCCCUCAGAUGGAUCUUCCUGAUGAAGAACCUGAUCGAUUGAGCAACAAGCUGUUGAGAUACGACCCCAGCCAAGACCAAUGGACGGAGCGGGCGCCCAUGAAGUACUCCAAGUACCGGUUCAGCACAGCUGUGGUCAACAGUGAGAUUUAUGUUUUGGGUGGGAUCGGCUGCGUCGGCCGGGACAGGGGCCAGGUCCGGAAGUGCCUGGACGUGGUGGAGAUCUACAACCCGGACGGGGACUUCUGGAGAGAGGGGCCCCCGAUGCCCACGCCCCUGCUUGGGCUGCGCUCCAACUCCACCAGCGCGGGCGCCGUGGAUGGGAAGCUCUACGUCUGCGGGGGCUUCCACGGAGCAGAUCGACACGAGGUUAUCUGCAAGGAGAUCCUGGAGCUGGACCCCUGGGAGAACCAGUGGAACGUUGUGGCCGUCGACGUCCUCAUGCACGACAGCUACGACGUCUGCCUGGUGGCCAGGAUGAACCCCCGCGACCUCAUCCCCCCGCCAUCGGAUCUGGUGGAGGAGGGCGGGGGGCGCUGAGGUCAGCGUCGCCCAGGGGCCUCCCGUGGUGUCUGCGGCGGAGGACUGGGCGUGGGGGUGCACACGUACAUCCGUCACCCAGGACACGUGGGUUCGCAUGAGUAGUGGCCCCCAAGCAGAGCAGCGCGUGCUGGGCGCCGCAGGGGAUGUGGGUUAUGCAGACAGAGGGGACCCAGCCUUUGCAGUGUCUUCCCCACGGUCGGAGGGUAAGGACGGAGCUGCCCGCUUCAGUCACAGUUGAGCAGUACCGGGAAACAGCCUUCUCUCAAAAUACAAUUUAGGAAUGUUGUUCGAACCGCCCUUGGACACCCGUCUAUUUCACUCGUCAUCUCUGCUUCUGGAAGCCCGCUGCAUGCAGAGCGCAUUCCGGUCGCUGUCCGGUCGCUGUCCGAUCGCUGUCCGGUCGCUGUCCGGUCGCUGUCCGGUUUCCCAAGGGUUCCACAUGCACAAGACUCUUCUUAAGCAGGAACCCCUUACUUAAGUGGACCCCCUCUGACUUCCCCAGGGGAGACCGGAGUAGACAGAGACAGCUUUGGAGCAGAGCCGUGCGACUGUGUUGUCGGUGUUCAAUCGCUCAGUCGUGUCUCUUUGCGAGCCCGUGGCCUGCAGCACGCCAGGCCUCCCUGUCCAUCACCAACUCCCAGGCUUUGCUCAGGCUCAUGUCCAUGGAGUCGGUGAUGCCAUCCAACCAUCUCAUCCUCUGUCAUCCCCUUCUCCCGCCUGCACUCUUUCCCAGCACUAGGGUCUUUUCCAAGGAGUCGGUUCUUCACAUCAGGUGGCCAAAGGAUUGGAGCUUCAGCUUCAGCAUCAGUCCUCCCACUGAAUAUUCAGUCGAUUUCCUUUAGGAUGGACUGGUGGGAUCUAGACGUGACUUUGAACUCUGGGAGACAGUGGAGGGCGGAGGAGCCUGGCGCGCUGCAGUGCCUGGGGUCGCAGAGAGGGGGACGACCCGACUUAGAGGCUGAACAGCAGCGACAGCCUCCUCUUGCUGAUAGAGUUAGUGACCCAGCCUCAAGUGCUUCCCUGUCUGCCCCGCUCUCGCCCGAGCUGAAGGCUGUCCCAGUGCGUAUUGGGGGGGGGGGG